UAUGAAAUUAAUGUGCAGGUAAAUUUUACCUUGUUUUCAGGCUAUGCAAAUACUCCAAGAUUUAUUACCCCGUAUCGCGGAGAUCGCUAUCAUAUUGCUUCUUUUCGUGGAAGUAAUCGUCGAUAUACUAGUGAGAAGGACUUGUUCAACCAUCUACAUGCACAGUUGCGGAAUGUUGUUGAACGAACUUUUGGUGUUCUAAAAGCUCGUUUUCCAAUUCUAAGUAGGAAAGGAGGAAUUCCUUAUCCAUACAGAACUCAAGUGAAAAUUGUUAUGGCUUGUUGCAUUAUCCACAACUUCAUAAGGAAGGUUAAUCAUAUUGAUGAGUUAUUCGAGCUUUAUGAGCAUGGGGAAACAGAACAAAAUACUGACCAUGGUGAUCAACAAUUUCAUGGGCAAGCAAGAGAAGAUGAUAGAGUUGCUGGUGAGAGAGUUCGUGCUGCCAUCACUCGAGAGUUGUGGACUAAACAUCAACAACGUAGUGCUCAACCAGAAGAUGAUUAAAUACUGUAAUAUUUGUUUUCCAUCUUCAAUUGCAGAUAUAUCUGCAUAAUUAUUGUUGCAACUUUUAAUUCUUUAUAUGGACAUGAACUUCCCAUUCUUUUAUAGGCAUA